AUGACCACAGACACUGUUGUGCGCGCAGCUCGAGAUGAUGGGGUCGUGGUCACGACCUACUGUCCUUCUAGGCCGUAUCUCGAAGUGCAAAUUCCGGAAAACGUCGCGAGAGUGAGCAGAAUAGUGAUCCGGUUAUCGUCUCGAGAUCAAGGAUUUUGCGACGACCAAAAUCGAGUCGGCCAGCCAGGCUUCACAUGGUUCGAGCUGAACAUCGAGACACCCAGUGGUCGAAACCAUAUUCCGCGUAGAUGCGUCUAUCAGAACAAAGCAGGAGUGCCAGAGUGGCAGACUUCUGUCAUCGACACCGAAGACGACAGCAGAACAUACAUCACGCUUCUUAGUGAAAUCAGAUCGCUUGACAUCUUACAGCUUUUCCCUAGGGCACAAUUUGUCGGGUGGAUGAACUUCGUCUGCAGGGCCGAGAUCGAGGUUCACUGUGUAACAUCGCUCGCGUUACCAGAAGCUGCUCCUUCGCUGCGUCCGCGUUACGACGAGCUGGAAUUCGAUGGCAAGAAGAUCCGAGUACUAGAAUUAUUACCAGGCUGUGAAGAUCAAGCGAUUUGCGUUAAGUUCGUUGUCGUGGACCUGCUUGAUCCCGGAAAUGUUCGUUUCGAGGCACUCUCAUAUUGUUGGGGCCAGUGGAACAUCGGCGAUUCUGCGCAAGUUCAAUGCCUAGAGCAGGACGGAAGUAUUAACACAGUACACGUGUCGCCUAGCCUUUGGACCGCUUUUCUACAUCUUCGGGACUCAACCGCUGUGCGUGUCUUAUGGGCAGAUCAACUGUGUAUCAACCAAACAGACAAAGCGGAGCUGGCACGCCAGGUCAGCAUCAUGGGCCAAAUAUACUCAGGAGCUGAGCGUGUCAUUGUCUGGCUCGGUGGAGGGGAUGCUGACGUGGAGCGCUCGAUCGACACCGUCAAUAGGCUCAUUCCUCAAUAUGUGGAACCAAGCGAAGAGGAACUAAGAGAAGGAACCAUCGUGGUGAGGCUCCCAGGUGUCAGUGUGGACAGUCUCCCGCAGGCAGAGGUAAAUCGAGUCCUAUCGCUUCCUUGGUUUUGGAGAGUCUGGGUCAUACAAGAAGUGUGGCUGGGUCGCCAGCGGACCUUCAUGUACGGCCGUCGCACCUUGAAGUGGAACACGAUCCGCAAAGCAAACGCAUGGUCGAAAUAUGGUAGCUUCGAAGUGCCAGGACAGCAGCAUACCAACCUACCACUCAUCUGGGCCAGCUUUGCUGAAAUGACGCAGUUACCAGUACCGCAUGAGAGCGAGGCAAGAUGGUCAGGAAAGACUUCGUUGGAAGACAACCUUCUUCCAUUAGUUAUUCAAGGCAUGGAUCUGGAAGCAUCUGACCCCAGAGAUCACGUCUUUGGUUUUCUUGGUCUCUUCGGGGGAAGCCAUCCAGGGUCGCAAACGCUAGACCAACUGAUAUAUCCGGACUACCACAAAUCCGUGAGUGAUGUCUUCGUCGACUUCACUCUUUGGUGGAUACUUCGCAACAGAUCACUCGACAUAUUGUCCGCAAUCCAGGCCAUCAAAGGACGGACCUGGCAAACCCUAGGUUGCACCGCCUCCUCAAAAGUCUCGCCUCAUGAUCAGCCACCCAUGGACCACCCAUCUUGGGCAAUGUGGUAUUCCGGCAAGCACAAGUGGGCAACCGAGUCGCUUGGACGUGCUGCAGGCUGUCGAGUUACGGGAGACACUGAACCAGACGUCUCGCUCGUCGCGCGGGAAGGCUCUCAACGGAAGCAUCUCAAGCUGCAAGGCUAUCAGCUAGGCCAGAUCCAGAAGAUCGAACCUUACCUGCUAAGGGAUGGAUUUUCUUUAGAAACGCUGCAGGCUUACAACCGUGUAUUUGAUGUCUCGGGGCAGCGGAGAGUCUACAACACCCCGGUUACUGAGGCAUUCAAUGGCUACAAAAAGGGCUGGGAUGAUCCUUUGCUACAUUGGAUAGCGCACCGCCACGGGCAGUGCGUACCGGCUGCUCUUCCAUGCCUCGAUAAGUGUUUCUUCUGGAUAAAGGACGACUUGAAGGGUUUGUGUCCCGCAGACACCAAGCCUGGAGACAUAGUGGUUGUGCUCUACGGUGGAUCUGUCCCGUAUAUUCUUCGGGAAACGGAGGCUGAGGGACACUACGCUUUCAUUGGGGAAUGCUAUGUUGAGGGAAAGAUGAAGGAGAACCUUUUAACGCCCUUUGAAGAAGCAGGAGCGUCAAAGAAAGUGUUCGUUCUUGUUUGA